GCCAAGAUGCCUAUAAGUAUCGAGCUUGCCUCUGCCUUUCCCUCCUCUGUUUUUUCCCUCUACCUUCUUCUUCCUUCUCGAGUUAUGGACUUCGACUACGCAACCCCCUUCAAUUGCCUUCUCUUCGACCUUGAUGACACUUUAUACUCUCCGGCAAUUGGAAUUGGACGAGCUUGCAGAAACAACAUAGAAGAGUUCCUCGCUAGCAAAUGUGGGAUAUCAGCAGAGGAAGCCUCGUCCCUCCGUGCUGAGCUCUUCCAAUCCCAUGGCAGCUCCCUUGCAGGCCUCAUAGCUCAAGGUUAUGACGUUCACCCCGACGAGUAUCACAGCUACGUUCAUGGGAGAUCGCCCUACGACCUCAUCGAGCCUGACGCGACGCUGCGAGAGCUUCUCCUCAGCGUUCCCCAGCGCAAGAUCCUGUUCACGAACUCGGACCGGCGUCACGCGACGAGGGUGCUGCAGAGAUUGGGCAUCGAGGACUGCUUCCAACGCAUCAUUUGUUUCGAGACGAUGAACCCGCACCUAUUCGAGGACGCGACCAGGUGUUCGAAGUCGCCGGUGAUCCUCAAGCCCUCUGCAGCCGCCAUGGAGAUGGCCGUGCGGCUCGCCGGCGUCGCUCCCCGUCGCACGCUAUUUCUGGACGACAGCGAGAGGAACAUCGAUGCAGGGAAGGCUCUGGAUCUUCGAACAGCCUUGGUCGGAAAGCGGGUGAAGACACAGGCAGCAGAUUACCUGUUGGGUAGCAUCGCCGAGCUGAAGCAGAUGAUACCAGAAAUCUGGAAGAAGCAGGAUGGCACCACUACGACAAGAAGCGAAUUAGAAUUGGAAUCCAUGAGGCCCACGACUCCCAUCGGGGCUUAGUUUAUCUCUCCACUAUCUACUCGCCUCGCAUUUGAUUGCUUGCAUAAAACGAGAGGCAUCCUGUCGCUGCUGUGUCGUAUGUCUAUCAAAUAAUGCAUUGCUGACGGGAUGUAGCAUCAAAUUGCGACGUUGUAUAGUGAAUAAUUAUUGUCUCAUUAGUGAUGCAUGACUUGGAUCCAGCACUUACGAAUUGAUAAUAGAGCGACCGACUCCUAGAAA